AGAUCAAAACACAAGACACGCACAUACAACCACGAAUACCUAAGCGUAGACGAUACUGGAUCCCUCAAACUCCUCCUGAGCAAGAUCGUUCACCGUGGCUUCCUCAAGUCUACAGACUUGGUUCUCUGAUCCCCUGAGAAGCCUCUCUGGCCUUGUCGAGCCCCUCCUUCAGCGCCUACCACCCGAGUUCCACGACAAACUCAAUACUGCACUCACUGAGUAUUCGACCGCGUCUUACACUACUGUCGCCGCCGUCCUCCUCUCCGUUCUCUUUCUCCUCUUCCGCUAUCUCAUGAGUAGCUACGGCAGUUAUCCUACCUACGGGGGAGGCCGCAACGCAAGCUCGCCUUACACUAGCAACAUCGCUGAUCCUUACGCUGGGAAUUUAUCAGGUCACUUCGAGUAUAUUGAUGCCGAUCAUGGAAUAUUACAGGACUCGCAUCGCCAUUCCGUACCUAAUCUACACACCGGGCAAGAGGACCCAAACACUCCCGAUGUUAUCCUUGUACGAUACAUGGCGUCACUGAUACCCGUCGAGUUUCCGGCUUAUUCAAUCAGUGAAGAGAAGGCAUAUGUUGGUCAAUUACGGGAUGCGGUGGCCCGGGCGUUGCAGACGGACUCGAGAAGAAUUCGCUUGGUUUACAAAAAGCAUGACUUGAAGCAUGACUCCUGGCCACUCCGGAAAUAUCACAUGAAACAGAACAGCGAAGUUGCCGCUAUCAAGACUGAAAGCAUCGUCGACUACAGCGAUAGAGACAGUCAUUCUUCCAGCGGAGAGGAAAGUGCAGCGACGAACCAGAACCCACGCAGACGGCCGCGUGCCUUGUCAUCUGUGCGGCAUCGCAGUGAUGAUCAAUUCAUCCCCCAGAAAACGCCCAAUUCCUCGGGGUAUCUUUCUCCCACAGGCCAUGUAUCGUCCGGCAGGGCGUCAGAACGACAGUCGCACAAUAGUCUGAAACCGGAGACAGACGAACGCGAUUAUCGCAGGGAGCCGUCGCGCACUAGAGGGACAUCCCCUCGUCCAGCUCCCGUUACGACUUCAGCGCGCCCAUCUCGAGUUGCGGCGGACCCGAGUACGCCUCUAGGGAAAUUACAGACUUUAUCCGACACAUUCCAUGAGAACUGGCUGCCUCUCUGCCGCAAGUUUAUCUCCAAACCUCCUUCAAACAUUCAGGACAGAGUCAAGGAGCAUCGCAAGCUUAGCGAAAGCGUCAUGACACAUGUCCUUCUCAAGGCCGACGCAAUUGACGUCAAUAAUCAGGAAGAAAGAGCAUUCAGAAAGAGUCUGAUCAACGAAGCUAAUGAUGUAGUAAGGCAACUUGAUGCGGUCGCAAAAGCAUGAUGAUUGGUGGUAUUGGAUUUGCAUUGCAACGGUGUUGGGAAGAAAGAUUAGAUGUCGCUUUUAGCAUUUUGGCAGAGGGUGGUCAAGUCAAUUCUUUGGGGUGGGUGGUGGCGGGUUGAUCGUCAUUGCUGCUCCUUUCGCUG